AUGGGGUCCAAGACAUCAGAAGACGACCGUCGUGAUCACAGAGAUACGCUGACUUCAUCAGAUGAUGCACCAUAUUCGAAGAAAAUCCCUCAGGCCGGUGGUCUUCCACGAGGCGCUCACACCGCCCGUGACGGGGACGGCACCUCCGCUAGUGGCGGCGGCGACGACGACAGCGACGACGACGCUGCCUUACGACCCCUGGCGCAAUUGAACCCUGAUGUUCCAUCGAAUGAAACUGAAUUAUGCAAGAAGAGGCGGAAGAAGACCAAGAAGAAGAAGAAGAAGAAGUCUGCCGCGGUGCACAGCCAGCAGACGUCGCCACCUCGUAUUCCUCUCAGCGAUCUCUUUCCCACGGCGGAUUACCCCGAAGGUGAGAUCCAGAGCUACACCAGGGCUCCCUCAGCCGUGGCUGAAUUGCAUUACAACGGCGUACAGGAGGCGCAGGACAGCGAGUUCUUCUGCAACUAUCGGAAAGCGGCCGAGGUCCAUCGUCAGGCGCGCAAAUGGGUCCACGACACUGUGCGUCCCGGUCAAGACCUCCUCAGUAUUGCCGAGGGUAUUGAAGACAGUAUUCGUUCUCUUCUCGGCAACUCUGGGCUUGGACUGGGUGAUGGUCUGCGUUCAGGCAUGGGCUUCCCUACAGGUCUGUGCCUCAAUCACCAGACAGCACACUACACUCCAAACCCUGGGCAGAAGGCUGUUGUACUGCAGGAGCAGGAUGUCAUGAAGGUCGAUUUCGGUGUCCACAUAAACGGCUGGAUCGUUGAUAGCGCAUUCACCAUGGCAUUCGACCCCACGUACGAUAACCUCCUGGCGGCUGUCAAGGAGGCGACCAACGAAGGUGUCAAAGCCACGGGGAUCGACGUACGUAUUUGUGAUGUUAGCGCUGCCAUUCACGAGACGAUGGAGAGCUAUGAAGUCGAGAUAAGGGGCAAGACGUUUCCUGUCAAGCCGGUGAAAAACAUAUGCGCCCACAACAUCAAGCACUACCAAAUCCACGGCGGCAAAUCGAUUCCCUUCAUCCGCAACUCGGAUCAGACAAAGAUGGAGGCGGGUGAGGUUUUUGCUAUUGAAACAUUCGGAUCCACAGGUCGUGCCUAUCUUCGCGAUGAUAUCGGUGUGUACGGGUAUGGUUUGCAAAGUAACGCGCCGUUGGCUGGACAAUUGCCCCUCGCGUCUGCAAAACGACUGCACAAGACAAUCCGCGAGAACUUUGGUACUAUUGUCUUUUGUCGUCGAUAUCUUGAUCGACUUGGGCAAGAAAAGUACCUAGCCGGAACCAUUGUCCUACGUGAGACACAUAAGGAGGUCCUCAGUCGUGGGGACGACUACUAA